GCCAAACACUUCCAAACACACCACAAGCCUUUGUCACUCACGCUUGUAUGCAACUUAAAACCCAAUAGUACUCUGAACUCCGCGGACACACAGCACUAAUGGAAGAAGAUCCAAAGCCAGCCGAGUCCACAGCCACCGAAAUCCUCCCAAUCCCUCCGAGCUCCGCCGAAGUCUUCCCUCCCCAGCCUCCUCCGUCUUCUCUUCCUCCCAAGUCCAAGAAGAGACCUCUUGAAAACGAUGCCCAUUUCUCCAACUCAUCCACCCUCUACAAGAUUCGCGCCGUCCUCAAAGAGGUCCGCCCUCAUUUUCUCGAGGUUCUCAGGACCCCUGACUUUCGAACGUGCAAGUCAUCUGAAGAAAUUCAAGAAUAUGUUAAACUUCUAAUGGAACUAUGCAAACAGAUGACGGCAGAAACAGUUUCGGCAACAAGAAGUAAGAAUGUGCCAGGUGAAAAGCCCCAAGAUACAAGGGCUUUUGCAAAGCCAUCAGAAAAUAAGUUUCCAACAGGUGUAUCCAGCGAAAAGCAGCGGGCUGAAGAUGGUCAGACUCAAGGGACAUAUAUUGUUGGUGGGUCUGCUUUCGGCUGGAAUUUCAUUACCUUUGUAGGCGAAGAACCAGUCUACUACGGAAUAACAAAGGAGUCAUUUCGAGCUAAUGGCAGCAAAGAAACAGUUCAGACUAUGGAAUAACAAAGGAGUCAUUUCGAGUUAUAACAUUGCGAUCAAUGGACAUAUUGUAACAUUGUGAUCGGUUUAGCAUGUGAUAUUUUCAACGAAUUGCUUUGGAAGAAAUUGGAAAAAAGACAGAUGGUGCAUGCCUUUCAUUGCA